AUGGAUCGGCGUGUUUGGCUCCAGUGGAUGAGCCGCCUGUUAGGCCUGGCUUGUGCAGCCGUGGUUGUGGUGCCCGGCGUGCGAUACAUCAUCGAUCCACUACGGCGAAAGUCGGCCGAGGCCCACGACUUCAAACGCUUGGCCCUGCUGGAAGAUCUCCCGGUCGACGUACCCAAGAACUUGCCGGUGAUGGGGAGUUUGCAAGACGCCUGGACGCACUACGACGAAGCCAGAAUUGGCGACACGUGGCUCGUUCGUCGUAGCGGCACGGACGUUCCGCCUGAGGAAGCCAAGGUCGAAGCCUUCAAUACCAUCUGUCCUCACCUGGGCUGCAACAUCCAGGCUGGUGCCGGCGACAAUGCGUUUGUCUGCCCCUGCCACAACGCCAAGUUCAAAUUGGAUGGUGCCCCCAUUCGCGAGAAGGGUUAUGCGAACCCCGCUCCUCGUGGGAUGGACUCACUGGAGUGCCGGGUAGUUCAAGACGAAGCCAGCGGCCAAUGGUGGGUUGAAGUCAAGUUCGAGAACUUCGUCAUCGGAUCGUCGACCAAAGUUGUGACAGGCCUGCUGUUGAUGUUCACUUAUAGCCCAUCGGCCACCAGUGCCUGGGCCAGCGUGCAUUACAUCGAGAGCAUCCCCGGAGGAAGCUUCAUCCGCGGCCUGCAUUACUUCACCUCGCAAGCCCUGCUGAUUGUGUUCGCCAUCCACACGAUUCGCACCUUGGUCGUGGGGGCAUUUCGGGCUCCGCGCGAAUUGAUUUGGGCCACGGGCCUGCUAAUGAUUCCGAUCGUGCUCACUUGGGCCAUCACCGGAAACCCGUUACCUGCCAGUGAGAAGAGUUACGCCCAGAUCGAAGUUGAAAGCAAAAUCAUCGGGUCGUCGCCCGUCGUAGGGCCCGUACUACAGCGCAUUUUGAUUGGCGGCGACCGGGUGGGGAACCUGACCCUUACGCACCUCAACUUCUUGCAUGUGGCACUGCUUCCCUUAAUCGCCGGGGUGGUGCUGGCUAUUCACAUCAGCCAGAUCUACGUACAUGGGUUGCCCCAAGAUGGCGUAUGGCCGAUCUCUGGGCGAUCGCGACCCUACUUCCCCUACCAGACCAUCCGCAACCUGACGGUGUUCUCCGUCGUACUGGGAGUAAUUGCGUUCUUGUCGUGGAACAACGGGGCUCCGCUCGAUGCACCGGCAGGGGCAGGCGAAGGUCCUUCACCGCGGCCGGAAUGGUAUUUUCUCUUCUUGUUCGAGCUACGCGCCUAUUUCACGGGCGAAUAUGAGUUCAUUGCCACGGCAGUCAUCCCGGCGGUGGUGCUCAUUUUGCUUCUGGCGAUUCCAUUCAUCGAUCAUGUGUUGCCGAGUAAGGCUAGCCGGGUGUUUCGCUACUCUCUGGCCGGUCUCGGCAUCGCAGCGUGGGCGGGUCUCACGUGGGCUUCGGUUUCCCGCGAUCUUAACGACGCUGAGUACCAACAAGCCAAGGUCGAUGCGCACAAAGUAUCUGUUCGAGCUCGUGAAUUAGCCGAUGCCAACCUCAUACCCCCGGGCGGAGCGAGCUUGCUGCUGGAGAUGGAUCCCAAAAUCCAGGGUCCGCGUCUGUUCGCAGAACAGUGCGCCCUGUGCCACCGGCACGACGACGUCGCUGUGGAGGUCGAUCCGCACAAUGAUGCAGUUCAACCCGCCUCUGCACCAAACUUGACAGGAUUCGCCAGUCGUAAAUGGUUAGCUGGAUUUCUCGAUCCUGAACAAAUCGAUGGCCCCCGGUAUUUCGGCACCUGCAAGUUCGGAGACCCCGACGAAGGGCAGAUGGUCUCCGCACUGCAAGACCUCUUCGCCGAUCUCGACGAAGAGGAGUUAGCCGAAGUGAGCCGCAAACGUGACUUGAUCGUGUUGGCCCUUUCGGCCCAAGCUCAACUUCCCGGCCAACAAGAGGCCGACAAGCAAGACGCUGCAAAGAUCGCUGAAGGGGUGGCUUUGCUGAACGAUGGCGAAUUAGGUUGCACAGACUGUCACAUGUUCCACGACUCUGGCGAGCCCGGCAUGGCCCCCGACCUGACGGGGUAUGGAUCGAAAGAAUGGAUCACGAACUUCGUCUGUAAUCCGUCCGACGACCGGUUCUACGGUGAGAAUAACGACCGCAUGCCGUCGUUCGCUCCUGCUGGCAGUGAACCGGCCAUUCUCACGCCUGACGAAAUCUCGGUACUCGUCGAUUGGCUCCGCGGCGAUUGGUACGAGCCAGGCGAUGCGGCCACCAGCCCACAGGCUGCCGCCGAAUAG